UGUCCAAGAACACGCGGGAAUGAAACUGUAGCUGCUGGUUUAUUUCUUUGGACCAUAUUUUACUUCAACAUUUAACGGUUUUAAUACUUGCUGACAAUACGCCUGUAUUCGUUCUCAGUACAAAUGUUCACAAGGAAGCUGCUUACUUUGGUGCUGGUGGUCCAGUCCGAGCGGGUGCUGCUCGGCAUGAAGAAGAGGGGCUUCGGAGUGGGCAAAUGGAACGGCUUCGGGGGCAAAGUCCAGUCAGGAGAGACCAUAGAGCAGGCUGCUAGACGGGAACUGCUGGAGGAAAGUGGUCUUACUGUAGACAUUCUACACAAGAUUGGAAACAUCACGUUUGAAUUUAUUGGGGAAACAGAGCUGAUGGAUGUCCACAUAUUCCGAGCUGACACCUACACCGGCGAGCCCACUGAAUCAGAAGAAAUGAGGCCUCAGUGGUUUGACAUUGACAAAAUCCCCUUCAGUGAGAUGUGGGCCGAUGAUGUGCUGUGGUUCCCUUUGAUGUUACAAAAGAAGAAGUUCUUGGGCUACUUCAAAUUCCAGGGUCACGAUGUGAUAGUGGAACACAAGCUGGACGAGGUGCAGGAGCUGUGAUCAGAUUCUCACACCUGUAGUGACUGUCAUUUCCGCGGAGUGAGAGGAAGUGACGGCCCUAUUCACACUCUGCUGUAGGAAUGUGCUGAAGGAACGGGCUCAUACCAAGAUGCCCUCAGGUGACCCAGGUGACAUACACAGGCUGAGGUCUGGUAAAUGUAAACAGAGGAACAGCACUACUAAAUUAACUGUUUUUUUCAGAAUGAAGUGGAAGUACCUCCCCUUCAUCUUUGUUGUUGUUUUGUUAUUUAGUACAAAAGCAGAGGAGACCAGUAGAUUCAUAAAGUACAUGUUGAUUAUAGCUGUUGACUAUAAAAGAGGGUAUAUAAGAAAUCACUGUAGUCUAGCUUAAUCGUAAGCUGUAAUGUUCAUUUUUCACACAAUAAUAUGGUAAUCAUAGAGCAUCUGUUCAACAUCCCAGUUACUGUUUGAUUUUAUGAUACAGUUUUAUAGACUAGAUUGCACUUUUCAUGCUUUUUAGCUCUAGCAUUGCUUUUCUUUAGUGCAGCACAAAACAUUAAAGGGGCCAUGAUUUGCAUUUUUCUUGUAUGUUUUUCCUUUUUUUGUGUUUUUAUGUACCAAAAACAGUCAUAAUUUUUACUUGACUCUUUAUCCUUUAUAAAUAAUCUGGCUGUUUUGUUUUUUACUCUGCCUGUAAGACUGAUAUAUGUAAAUGUCUAUUUUCUAAUUGGUUGCCAUGUAUAAUUCAAAAACCAGUCUGGGCUGAAAUGUACAGAACAAUCUUUUACAUUUGGACUGACAUUCUCAGGAAAAUUGGUAGAAGAAAUAAACUUCAGUCAUUCCUUUUGGAUUUGCCUCCCGACAGCCUUCUACUCCAA